AUGGCAUCUUCGAACUCAAGUCCCGGAAUGGGUUCCUUUCAGCUGCUGUCACCAAAAGUUCGCAGCAUGAUCUUCUCCUACCUAGAUAGGGGUGACAUGACAAGUCUUCGCGCAACAUGUUCAACUCUCGAACGUGUUGUUCCCUGUAAUAUUCACCGUGUCUUCAUAUCGGUCAACUCUCUCAACAUCCAAGUCUUCCGCGCCAUCGCGGAUAUCUGGGAUGAUGCACGACUGCCAGAAGUACCAGAAUAUGAGGAAACUACCUCCUCCGAAGACGACGAUGAUGGUGACGAAGAAGAAAAAGACGAUACCGACAACAACGUUUACGACGACUGGGAUGCUGACGACUACGACGACUACAACGACUGUGAUGAUGAUGAUGACAACGAGUCUCUAUGUAGUAGUAUGCCUGAGUGGUUCACAACUCGUUGCUUGGAUGGUGGGCCCGGCAACCGACACAAGGUCCAUUACAGUAACUCUAUCAUCAACAAGUCAUGGAAUUACUACGAGGCUCUUUUGAGAGAUCAGCGCAAAAUCAUGCAGUCGAACGCAGAUAUUGAGGCCUUCAAAUAUGGCUUGCAACGAUUCACUCAUCUCAGGCGAGUUACAAUCACACCUUCAACACACGGUCGCCAAAAUCAGCCAUUGUUCAGAACUCCUAUGAUAAGGUCCUUUCCUUUCGACUUCGUUUACCCUUCGCCACGACCCUGGCCAUACACUGGAUUUGACAUCGAGUAUGUGGAUGCUCCCUGGGUACCUAAUGAUGGUCACAGCGUCGAGUAUGCAUAUGAGGACUGCGAUUGUCGUUUUCUGUCAUUGACCGCGCUCCACAUUAAGUAUAGAGAUAAGCUGUGCUCUUGUCAUGUUGGGAAGCUGUCGGCAUCCGUGCAUGACGAGUAUAUAUCUAAUUGGCGCGGUUUUUCUCUUGUGACGCGAGCUCUAGUGGAAUGCGAACAAGACCACCAUGUCAUAGAACUCAUCAUUGGCGGUAGGGAGAUAUGGACAGGGGUGAAUUGUCAUGUUUUUGAUCAGAAGUGCCAAGAGUAUGAUGAUCUGGUCAGCCUGCUUAAGCAGCCUGGCUUUCAUCGUUUGGACCUCGAUCUAAACACCUUCAUGAUCCAACGCGAUGGCGUCGGCUGGAAAUCGUACCGAAGCGGUCUGUUGCGCGAAGCCCUGGCGCAAGCAAAAAAUCUUCGAUAUAUUUCCCUGCGUACGACAACAGACACAAGUGACGGGAAGUGUUGGUACAUCGACCCGAAGGAUGAAUUCAAGAAGAUAUUCCCUCUGGAAAUAAUAUUCCCUUUCGACCAGUGGCCCAAACUCCAACACUUUGGUAUAUCCAACAUGCUCGUCACAAGCAGUAAUCUUGUUUCACUUCUUGCCGUCUUGCCGCCUUUGCGAUCUGUUGAACUGAGCAAUUUGGGAUUUGCUCAAGGUAGCUGGUGGGAGCUGCUCCACGAGAUGCGUACCAAGCUAGAUUGGCGCAUGAGGCCUGUGGAAGAGAGACCUCAAGUGCACAUGACAGUCGCAGAUUUGUAUUUCGAUGAUUUGGAGAUCGGAUUUUAUGUUGAUAUUGACGAUACGGUUGCUUCUUUCAUGUAUGGAAGCGGGAAGAAUCCCUUUAGGAAACAACCUGCUCAAUGGCUUGCUGCUCAUGGGGAAUGUAUUGACAAUAUUCCUCGAGGGACUGUGGGCACCAAGCGAGACUUCUUGGACCCACAUUUCUCAGCUCCUUAUGAAUUUGCAGUUGAGGAUAGAUGA